AUGAGCUCCAGCGUUCCACCGUGGCGUGCGACUGCCUCGGCUCCAACCUCACAGCCCGUUGCUUUCCAUCCCUCUGCGACUCCUGCCUAUAUCCCAGUACAAGCACGUCGUAGUCUCACUUCUAAUAAACCUACCUACCCACCUCCCACCGGAUCCUCCUUCUUACAACCCACCAUGAACCCAGCGGCGGAACCUCCUCGACCACGCAUGGAGUUUCCUCCCGCCGUCCGCCUCUAUGUCCAACGGUGCUUUGCCCCCGAGAACCAGGUUGCCAGCGUGAGCCACCCCGAAAUGCAAGAGAAGCUGCGACAAGUCAUCACCGAAGCGGCUGAAAACGACAAACUUCACAUCAUUGACUGGGAGCGACUGGCCCUGCCACAGGUCAUGAUCCAGAACGAACGCAACCGGAUCCUGGCCAACCCCAGCGUUUCCAAAUGGGGAAUGUCUGGCCAACCCUCUUCCCCUAGUGACGCCAGUCGCAAGAGAAAGUCGACAGACUCCGGCCAGCUGCAGCAGACCGAGAAAGAUUCGCCACCUUGGAAGAAAACUAACAAUCGAAGUCGGUUUGAAGACCGCAUUACUCACCCAUCAACAGAGAAAAAAUUAUCACGAAUGACUCUGGAUGAUUCUAGUAAGUCAAAAGCUAAUUUGGAGAUGAGGAGGAGGCGCUUCGAAGGCACCGGCGUCAGCUACGGAACCUCUGGUACUUCGUCCCCCGUGGAUUCCCCAUCCUCACGCAGUCCCGACCAGGACCAAGGACCCGUGGUGGGACGAUGCCAAACUCUGGAGAAGAACUACUUCCGUUUGACCUCUGCCCCCAAUCCGGAUACUGUUCGCCCGUUGCCGGUGCUCCAGAAGGCCUUGGACCUCUUGAAAAAGAAAUGGAAGCAGGAGGGCAACUAUACCUACAUCUGUGAUCAGUUCAAGUCCCUGCGCCAGGACCUGACGGUGCAACAUAUCCGGAAUGAGUUCACGGUCGUUGUCUACGAGAUUCACGCGCGGAUUGCCUUGGAGAAGGGGGAUCUUGGUGAGUAUAAUCAGUGUCAGACUCAGCUUCGUGUUCUGUACGGGCAGAAGCUGGGUGGGCAUCCGACGGAAUUCAAGGCGUAUCGUAUUCUCUAUUUUAUUUACACCCGGAAUUGGACGGCCAUGAACGAUGCGCUAGCCGAUGUGACUGCAGAAGACAAGAAGACGCUUGCCGUCAAGCAUGCUCUGGAGGUCCGCUCUGCCCUCGCACUGGGCAAUUACCACCGCUUUUUCCAGUUGUAUCUGGACACGCCGAACAUGGGGGCAUACCUCAUGGACAUGUUUGUCGAUCGGGAGCGGUUGACUGCUCUGGCCACCAUUUGUAGAGCGCACAAACCAGAUGUCAACAUCCGGUUCAUCACGGAAGAGCUUGGCUUCGAGUCUGAUGAACAGACCGCACGUUUCAUCCUAAACCACUCGACCGAGGACACUCUGGAAGAGAAGAACGGGACUGUGCGGCUGUUGACCAGCAAAGCGGGCCCGCUCUUUGAGCGAGCCAAGGCUGAAGCCCAUCGUGUUGUUGACAUCAAGGGCCAGAUCUAA